AUGGGAGAGCUGUGCAAAUUUCGCAGCAGUCUAGUAUCCAAUACAUUGACCAAGGAGCAUGCAGAAGAGAUGAAAAAGCAGGUGGUCACAAGAAUAGACUGGGGCAAUGGAUACAAUGAAAAUAUAUCAACAGUAUACAUUGUAAAACUGCACGAGAGACUG